AUGGCUACAUCUAACGGCAAAAAAGUUGGCAUCUGUGGUGCUACCGGUGCUGUAGGUAUCGAGAUCAUUUGCGUGCUAGCUGCUCGCAAUUUUCCUGUCCAAGAGAUCGUACUCUUUGCAUCAUCACGCUCUGCUGGCAAAAAGGUGUCGACACCUUUUGGCGAAGUGACCAUCUCGCUUUUUUCGGUGGAGAAAGCAGCUAAGCUGGAUUACGUGUUUUUGGCCGUAUCGGGUGAAUUUUCACUGCAAUAUGCCAAGGAAUUGGCUGCCAUGCCAAAUGGUCCCGUAAUCAUUGACAACUCCUCGGCCUUUCGUCGUGAUCCCAAGAUUCCGCUCGUGAUCCCGGAGAUUAAUGGCCACGUGCUUAAGUCAAAAGACGGCAAGCCGCAGCCCAAACUCAUUGCCAAUCCUAAUUGCACCACGGCUAUCGCUGCCAUGGCUCUCUGGCCACUUCACUGCGAGUUUGGUAUUAAGAAACUUAUAGUUUCCACCUACCAGGCUGCCAGUGGUGCCGGUGCCGCUGGAAUGCAGGAACUGAGCGAUGGCGCCAAGGCCUUUUUGGCCAACGAACCCGUCACAUACAAGGUCUUUUCGUACCCGCUUCCCUUUAAUCUCAUCCCGCACAUUGACAAGUUCCAGGAAAAUGGCUACACGAAAGAGGAGAUGAAAGUUGCGUGGGAGACACGCAAGAUCUUCGAUGAACCCAGCCUUGCUGUGAGCUGCACUGCCGCUCGUAUCCCCAUCAUGCGUGCGCACUCGGAGGCGCUCACCAUUGAAACGGUUAGGCCUGUGAACCUUGCCCUUGCCCGUGAAAUGUUGGCCAAGGCGGAUGGUGUGGAUCUCGUUGAUGUACCGGAAGAGCUUUUGUACCCCAUGCCUAAGAACGCUACGAAAAAGUUCAACAUUGAAGCUGGUCGGCUGCGUAAGAGCUUGGUCUUCGGUGACCACGGCCUCGAGUUGUUUGUGUGUGGCGACCAGCUUCUGCGCGGUGCGGCACUGAAUGCCGUACUAAUCGCCGAGUUCCUCGAGAACCCACGCGCAACCCCGCAAUUUUCCAAGAAGCCGACUACAUGCACACUUUCGAAAAACCAACAACAGACUCUGAUUGGCCUCACGGCGGGUGUAGCUGUAAGCGUUGCCUCUUUGCUGGCAUUUAGUCAUUUUAAGAAGAACUAA